AUGCAGACGCUCAUUUUCCCGCUUGUUGUAGCACUGGCAGUGCAGACUGCCACGGCUAGCCUGUGUGACGGCAAGUCAGAUGGCAUCUACCCUGACCCCGGAAACAAUAACAGGUUCGUCGAAUGUGCUGCUGGGACCGAAUAUCUCUUUAACUGUGCCCCAGGUACAGUAUUCGACCCAAGUCCCAAAGUUUGUGUGUGGGCAACUGGCAGCAAUAACAAUCCUCAAACGCAGGCUCCCCAAACUGAGGGACCCCGACCAACUCAGGCCCCUGGUCCGACUUCAAAGCCAGAGCCCCUGACCAAUGCGCCGCCUCUGUCUCAGGGGGCGCCGUGCCGUCGUGUAGUCUGCUAUUUCACUAACUGGGCUCAGUACAGACCCACAGAUGAUACCAAGUACUUCCCCACCGACAUCGACCCCAAGCUGUGCACGCACAUCAUCUACGCCUUUGCCAAGCUUACAGGCAACAAGUUGGCAGCCUUUGAGUGGAAUGACGAAUCCACCGACUGGUCAGCUGGAAACUAUGAAAAGGCAACCAGCCUGAAAAAUAGCAACCCAGGACUGAAGGUUUUGAUAGCCGUUGGUGGAUGGAACUUAGGUUCAGAUCCCUUCCACCAGAUGGUCAACUCAGCCGCUUCCAGAAACGAAUUUGUUACCAGCACUAUCCAGUUCCUGAGGAAGAACAAAUUCGAUGGUCUAGAUCUGGAUUGGGAGUACCCGGGAGCCAGGGGAAGCCCUGCAGACGACAAGCACAAGUUUACCCUCUUGGUGCAAGAGCUGAGAAACGCCUUUAACCAGGAGUCCAGUAACAGCAAUCGGUUGCUGCUAACUGCUGCUGCGGCUGCAGGAAAGAGCAACAUUGACAAUGCCUACGAAAUCCCCGCUGUGUCUGCCAACCUUGACUGGAUCAAUCUGAUGACCUAUGACCUCCACGGAGGAUGGGAAACGGUCACUGGACACAAUAGCCCGCUCUACAAAGGUGCCCAGGACUCAGGUGAUAAUGCAAUGCUCAAUGUAGACUGGUCGGCCAACUACUGGGCUCAACAAGGAGCACCCAAGGACAAGAUCGUCGUUGGAAUGCCGCUCUACGGAAGAUCUUUCACACUGACCAGCUCUGCUAACGGCGUCGGCGCUCCAGCAUCUCCAGGCACAGCCGGGACCUACACCCGAGAAGCCGGUUACCUGGCUUACUACGAAAUCUGUGAGAUUAUUGGCAAAGGCGCGACUCUUAAUAACAUAGCUGACCAGCACGUACCUUACCUUGUCGCUGGAAACCAAUGGGUAGGCUACGACACUGAAAAUAGUCUCCGAGAAAAGGUUAGAUACGUCAGGGACAAUGGAUUCGGCGGUGCUAUGGUUUGGGCUCUUGACCUUGAUGACUUUAAGGGUCACUUCUGCGGAAAAGGAAAGUAUCCGUUGUUAAGUGCUAUCAAAAACGAGUGCUCAAAAUAA